GCGAGGGAAGCGCAUCCAGCAGCCCCGGCGCAGCGGCGGCGGCGGGGACCCGGGUCUGCGCGCCCGGGCGGCCGGCGGGCGCGGGCCGGCGCGAUGGAGCCGCAGCACGUGCGCCCCGCGCCCGGCGCCCGCAGCCCAGCGUGGGAGGAACCGGAGUCGGAGAGGAUGGCAGGGGCCGGAGGCCAGCACCACCCUCCGGGCGCCGCUGGAGGAGCGGCCGCCGGAGCCGGCGCCGCGGUCACCUCUGCCGCUGCCUCGGCGGGGCCGGGAGAGGAUUCGUCUGACAGCGAAGCGGAGCAAGAGGGACCCCAGAAACUGAUCCGCAAAGUGUCCACCUCGGGGCAGAUCCGGACCAAGACCAGUAUUAAAGAGGGACAGCUAUUGAAGCAAACCAGUUCUUUCCAAAGGUGGAAAAAGCGAUACUUCAAACUUCGAGGCCGCACCCUUUACUAUGCAAAGGACUCAAAGUCUCUGAUAUUUGAUGAAGUUGACCUCUCAGAUGCUAGUGUAGCUGAAGCAAGCACGAAAAAUGCUAACAACAGCUUCACGAUCAUCACUCCAUUCAGAAGGCUAAUGCUGUGUGCUGAGAACAGAAAGGAGAUGGAGGAUUGGAUCAGCUCACUGAAGUCUGUACAGACCAGAGAACCCUACGAGGUGGCCCAGUUCAAUGUGGAACAUUUCUCAGGGAUGCACAACUGGUACGCCUGCUCCCACGCCCGACCCACCUUCUGUAACGUGUGCAGAGAGAGUCUUUCUGGAGUCACCUCCCAUGGCCUGUCCUGCGAAGUGUGUAAAUUCAAGGCUCACAAAAGAUGUGCAGUGAGGGCAACAAAUAACUGUAAAUGGACUACCCUGGCCUCCAUUGGGAAGGACAUUAUAGAAGAUGAAGAUGGCGUCGCGAUGCCUCACCAGUGGCUCGAGGGCAACCUGCCUGUAAGUGCCAAGUGUGCUGUCUGCGACAAAACAUGUGGCAGUGUUCUCCGUCUACAGGACUGGAAAUGCCUUUGGUGUAAGACAAUGGUACAUACUGCCUGCAAAGAUUUAUACCAUCCAAUAUGUCCACUUGGUCAAUGUAAAGUAUCUAUCAUACCUCCAAUUGCACUAAACAGCACCGAUUCUGAUGGUUUCUGUAGAGCAACAUUUUCGUUCUGUGUUAGUCCUCUAUUGGUUUUUGUCAAUUCUAAGAGUGGAGAUAAUCAGGGAGUAAAGUUCCUUCGUCGCUUUAAACAGUUGCUAAAUCCGGCUCAGGUGUUUGAUUUAAUGAAUGGAGGUCCUCAUUUAGGUUUAAGAUUAUUUCAGAAGUUUGACAAUUUCCGGAUUCUUGUUUGUGGAGGCGAUGGAAGUGUAGGUUGGGUUUUGUCAGAAAUUGAUAAGCUCAACUUGAAUAAACAGUGUCAGCUGGGAGUGUUGCCUUUGGGUACAGGAAAUGACCUUGCCCGAGUUCUUGGCUGGGGAGGUUCAUAUGACGAUGACACUCAACUUCCUCAGAUCCUGGAGAAACUGGAACGAGCCAGUACCAAAAUGUUGGACAGGUGGAGUAUAAUGACAUAUGAACUCAAAUUGCCACCAAAAGCUUCCCUACUUCCAGGACCUCCAGAAGCAUCUGAAGAAUUUUAUAUGACGAUUUAUGAAGACUCAGUUGCAACGCAUCUUACAAAAAUCCUCAAUUCUGAUGAACAUGCAGUGGUCAUAUCUUCUGCCAAGACGCUAUGUGAAACUGUAAAGGACUUCGUUGCCAAAGUAGAAAAGAUGUAUGACAAAACCUUGGAAAAUGCCGUUGUAGCUGAUGCCGUGGCCAGUAAAUGUUCAGUCCUAAACGAGAAGCUCGAACAACUGCUGCAGGCUUUGCACACAGAUUCCCAGGCUGCACCUGUUCUCCCUGGCCUCAGCCCUCUCAUUGUGGAAGAAGAUGCUGUGGAAUCGUCCAGUGAAGAGUCCCUGGGUGAAAGCAAAGAACAGCUCGUGGAUGACGUUACAAAACCUUCCUCCCAGAAAGCUGUCAAACCAAGGGAAAUCAUGUUGCGGGCAAAUAGUUUAAAGAAAGCAGUGAGGCAAGUCAUUGAGGAAGCUGGAAAAGUUAUGGAUGACCCGACAGUUCACCCCUGUGAACCAGCUAAUCAGUCCUCUGAUUAUGACAGCACAGAAACAGAUGAAUCUAAGGAGGAAGCUAAAGACGAUGGUGCCAAAGAAUCAUUAACUGUUAAAACUGCACCUUGGUCUCCAGAUGCCCGGACAAGUUAUGGCCAUUCCCAAACUGAUUCUGUCCCUGGUCCAGCUGUGGCAGCAAGCAAAGAAAACCUCCCUGUGCUCAAUACCAGAAUAAUCUGCCCAGGUUUAAGAGCAGGACUGGCUGCCUCAAUUGCUGGGAGUUCGAUUAUCAACAAAAUGUUACUGGCAAACAUUGAUCCUUUUGGUGCCACGCCGUUUAUUGACCCAGAUCCAGAUUCCGUAGAUGGAUAUUCAGAAAAAUGUGUCAUGAACAAUUACUUUGGGAUUGGAUUAGAUGCAAAAAUUUCAUUAGAAUUUAAUAAUAAAAGAGAGGAGCACCCUGAAAAAUGCAGGAGCCGAACUAAAAACUUGAUGUGGUAUGGAGUCCUUGGAACCCGGGAGUUAUUACAGAGAUCGUACAAGAAUUUAGAACAAAGGGUUCAACUUGAGUGCGAUGGGCAGUAUAUUCCUCUUCCCAGCUUGCAAGGCAUAGCCGUGUUGAACAUUCCCAGCUAUGCUGGAGGCACUAACUUUUGGGGUGGAACUAAAGAGGAUGAUAUAUUUGCUGCACCAUCCUUUGAUGACAAGAUCCUGGAAGUUGUAGCAAUAUUUGAUAGCAUGCAAAUGGCAGUUUCAAGGGUCAUUAAACUGCAGCAUCAUCGAAUAGCCCAGUGCCGUACAGUGAAAAUCACUAUAUUUGGUGACGAAGGAGUCCCAGUGCAAGUGGAUGGUGAAGCGUGGGUUCAGCCUCCAGGGAUUAUCAAAAUUGUGCACAAAAACAGAGCACAAAUGCUAACAAGGGACAGAGCCUUUGAGAGCACUCUGAAAUCUUGGGAAGAUAAGCAGAAGUGCGAUUCUGGUAAACCAGUUCUCCGAACCCAUUUGUACAUCCAUCAUGCCAUUGACUUGGCAACAGAAGAGGUGUCGCAGAUGCAGCUGUGCUCCCAGGCUGCAGAGGAGCUCAUUACUAGGAUCUGUGACGCAGCCACGAUUCACUGUCUUUUGGAGCAAGAACUGGCCCAUGCUGUGAAUGCCUGCUCCCAUGCCCUGAAUAAAGCCAACCCAAGGUGCCCGGAGAGUCUUACAAGGGACACUGCCACUGAAAUAGCCAUCAAUGUGAAGGCGCUGUAUAAUGAAACAGAAUCUUUGCUAGUUGGCAGGGUUCCUUUGCAGCUGGAAUCGCCACAUGAAGAGCGGGUAUCCAAUGCCUUACACUCUGUGGAGGUGGAAUUACAGAAACUGACAGAGAUUCCUUGGCUUUAUUAUAUCUUACACCCAAAUGAGGAUGAGGAACCUCCUAUGGAUUGCACCAAAAGAAACAACAGAAGCACCGUAUUUCGAAUAGUGCCAAAGUUUAAAAAGGAAAAGGUUCAGAAGCAGAAGACAAGUUCACAGCCUGUUCAGAAAUGGGGCACAGAGGAAGUUGCUGCUUGGCUGGAUCUGCUCAAUUUGGGAGAGUACAAAGAUAUCUUCAUCCGUCAUGACAUCAGAGGGGCUGAACUUUUGCAUCUGGAAAGGCGAGAUCUUAAGAACACAGUAGGAGAAAGAAGAGACACCAAAGAAAAUGGUAAACAUAUGGACCUGGGGAUACCGAAAGUGGGCCAUGUGAAGCGAAUUCUCCAGGGAAUUAAAGAGCUUGGAAGGAGCACUCCACAGUCGGAGGUGUAAUCAUAUUGGUGCUAUUCCUUGGAAGAGAAGUUAUUGCCACUUAAUACAAAGUCCUUGGAAGCAAGUGGCUGUUCUUGUAGUUUUCUGCUUAGAUAAGUAAGCACCACUGAAGCAUUUCUGUGGCUUGAUAUUUUGCUGUGGGUGAAAUUUUGAUUUGAGGUAUUAGAAAAUAUUUUUGUGCCAAACAAUACAUUCCACAAAGCCAUUUUCUUUUUGUGCAAACCUGACAUGUUCAAAUAUAUUCACAAUAGUAAUAAGGUAGGAGGAAUCUGAGACGAUUGCAUUGUCUAAAAGGUGGAAUUGCAAAAUGUUUACUUUCCAUAGAUCUGGUCUGAUGGAAUGUUCCUAUGUGCAACUGCAUAACAAUAUGUGGUUAAAACUUCCUGGGUUUCAUUACUGGGGGGCAUUGGCCAUUUUCUUAAAAUCAUAGGUUAGGAGACUAAAAUAUAAAUUAAGUUGUGAUUUGAAUGUAGAUUGGUAUCACCUCCAACUCCUAGUGCUUAGCGGUCAAAGAAUAUGUUGAAAACCUUUCCAAUACUAUGAAUGAAUGCAAAUCUUAAUGCACGAUGUUCCUGCCUGAAAUGUCUUUCUUUUUCUUGCAUGUCACAUCUAAUAUUGUAACACUUUAAAUAGCUUUCUUGUCAGUUUUAAUGUUAAUGGGAUUUAAUUUAUUACUAAAGUACAUUUUUGUUGGCUAAGGGCACUGCACUUUUCUGUUUUUUAAUGUGGGAUUUUGCAUAAAUAUUCUGUACCUAAGACUUUGCGAAAGUGUGUCUGUGCCAUAAUCAACAAAUGAUAUACAUCAUAUGCAAGUCAAUUUUAUUUCAAUCUAUGAUAAGCAGUAGGUGUGCACGUUAAGAAAAUUCUCUGGAUAUUUUCAUAAAAUUACGUGCUCCCUUACCUGACAAAACUUGUUACAGCUUUCCAAACCAAAAUUUCCACAUUUUGUUUCUAAUUUUUAAUUUCAAUUUAAUAAUUAUUUAAUAUUCUAUUUGAAUUUAUAAUAUAGUAAAGUGUUGAUAUCCAGGAAUUCCCUGAGGUCCUAACUGAGAUUUAUAUACUGACAGAUGACCCAGACUCACCCGCUCUCUACAGUGACUUCUGACACGAACUUCCGAACAGAAGAGAUUUAAAUUUUUUCUUAAGGGCUUUAUGUUGUUAUUAUUAUUAUCUCACUUAAUUCUUAAUUCUUAUCAGGUGGAUAUUAUUCUCCUUUUUCUAAACCACUGUACUUCAGUGUAGCUUAUUAUUAGAAGUUAACAUUACAGUGAUCAAAUCUUUGAAAGCCAAAGGCAUACGUAUCAAAAAGUCACAAAAAUAUCCUUAAAUAAGCUUUCUUUAGCCAUUAUAUACCAAAACAUUAAUUAUAAUAUUUUAAAAUUUGUAUAUAAGAGAAAUAAACAGGGUACUGACUCAGUGGUGACAAUUUUUAUGAAGUAGCCUGCUAGGUGCUUAAUAGAUAUAUAUACAUACAGAUAUAUACAUAUACACAUAUAUGUGUAUAUACACAUACAUACACAUAUACAUUUAUAUGUGUAUAUAUAUACCUACAUACAUAUAAUCUUGUGAUAUGGCAUCAUUGAUAUUUUCUAGACAAUUAUUUCCCCAGUGUUUAAAGAGAAAUACUAAUAGGCGAGCGUUUAAAAUGAACUAUUGUCAGGUAUAUUAUUUAAUUAUAUCAAAGGAGUUUAACUGUUUGACACUUUACUCUUGUUUAUAACUUGGGUAUUUAACUACUAGUAAAAAUCACAAAAUUUUAGUGUCUUUAAAAUAAAUGACCCUGAGGGAUUCCUGAUCAAGUAUGUCUGACUAUAUAUUUUACCUAAGUUGUAAAUAAAUGGAAAUUUUCCAAAGACAGUUAUAUCAAGUAGUUUAAAAAGAGUCGUGAGGCAGGGUGCUGUGGCUCACACCUGUAAUCCCAGCACUUUGGGAGGUUGAGGUGAGUAGAUCACCUGAGGUCAGGAGUUCGAGACCAGCCUGACCAGUGUAGUGAAACCUCAUCUCUACUAAAACUACAAAAAUUAGCCGGGUGUGUUGGCGGGCACCUGUAAUCCCAACUACUCGGGAGGCUGAGGCAGGAGAAUUGCUUGAACCCAGGAGAUGGAGGUUGCAGUGAGCUGAGAUCACACCACUGUACUCUAGCCUGGGUGACAGAGCAAGACUCCAUCUCAAAAAAAAAAAAUAGUCAUGAAUUACUCAAUUAUUCUGAUUGUAUCUGCACUUAUGAAGUCAGAGGUCUCCUUUUUCAGUCCCUCUGAUAGUCCCACCUAAGUGCAGUCCUGCUCCUGUGAACACUUUCCUGUGCAACCAAACAGUAGGUGCCAGGUUCCCAGAACUCUCUGACAUUACAGAUCUCUGUCCAUCUCUACUAAAAAAAGGAAAUAUGAGGGAAAGAAGGGGAAGAACUCUAGCAUAAAUAAUGUAUUAAUAUAAAUAUGUAUAUUGAUUUUCACCCCCCAUCCCCCUUUGCUAAUAGAAAAGAGUCUAGCUAUGAUGUGUCCCAAAUUUAAGAGUGUGAUGUGAAGGAUUGAAUUUUUGUUUGUUUGUUUGUUUGGUGAUCUUUUCACUGGUAGGUAACAUCUUUUGUAUAUGCUGUAAAGUCUCAGUUAAUGGGAUCCUACAGUGCAUUUCUGGCUAGCUCGGUUGGUAGAGCCUGAGUCUCUUAAUGGAAUCCUUAAUUAGCUAGAAUUUUCCUGCAAAUGGCUUUGGAUGAGGGAAAUUCUACAAAAUGACAAUUUGGAUAUACUUUUUGUUAAAUGAGAGCAAUUUUCUCUGUAUGCUUUGUCUAUGCAUGGCUGUGCAAGGCCCAAAUGACUUCACUGACACCUGUUUCCAGGAGGGGGUCUUCAGAGCCUCCUUAGGCUCUUGUCAGUAUCGUAAAUAAUUCCUCUUCUUAUAGCAGAUGUGGUUACCAAAAAAAAAAUAAAAAGUAGGGAAGGGCUUCUCCAUGGGAUCGGAUCACAGCUUUGGGGAGUGGGAUGGGGCCUCUGUGCUUUGAUCCAUGCAUGAGCUGGGGUGAGAAGUUCCCACCUGCACCUGACUGCAAUGACUGUAAUAGCUGGAAUUGUCACCUCUUCUCCCUGAUAGGCUCUUCCUCACCUGGAGGAUCGGGGCUGGUGGGAGGGCAGGGAAGGGGAGGCCAUCAGCCAGAAUUUAUUUCCUUUCAGUUCCAUUUCCUGAGGAAGAACUUGCUUUUAAAGGAGGAAAGGGACAGAAUCAGACCUAAAUAAAAUUCCUGAGUAUGCAAUAUUUCUCUUUAGUGUCUCUUCACCUCCCUUUCUGAGUUUCUUUCCUACAUUCUGGCUCUUCAUUUUCCCAAUGUCCAAUAUAAUCAUGGUUGCUGAAAUUCUCACUGCCUUCUACUUUCCUUUCCCCAUCAAUUAACCCACUACAAAAUGACCCCUUUCAUUUCUUGCUUAAGCAUACAUGGUGGGUCAUUUAACUAAGUGUUAGGAAGAAAACAAUUUAAAGACACUAAUUUUACAGUUUGCAUUCUGUAAAAGGAUACUUGCUAGAUAAUCUAAAUGAAUUGAUGGAUUAGAUCAUUUAGGACUGUGAUACAUAUUGUUCUUGCCGACAAGAAAUGACCCAUGAAUGUCUAGAUCUAUCCUGUCCGAUAUUGUAGCUACAUGUGGCUAAAUUUAAAUGUAAUUUAAUUAAGCCAGGCACAAUGGCACAAGCCUGUAAUUCCGGUGACUCAGGAGGCUGAGGAGGGAGGAUGGCUUGAGGCCAGGAGUUUGAGACCAGCCUCGGCAACAUAGUGAGACCCUGUCUCUGAAAAAACUUUUUUUUAACUAGCUAGGCAUGGUGGCAUGUGCCUGUAGUCCCUGCUACUCUGAAGGCUGAGGUGGGAGGAUUGCUUGAGACCAGGAGUUCAAGGCUGCAGUGAGCCAUGAUCAUGCUACUGCCCUCCAGCCUGGGCAGCAGGGCAAGACCCCUACUCUUUAAAAAAAUUAAUUUAAUUAGAAAUUCCAUUUCUCAGUUGCACUAACUACAUUUCAAGUGUUCAGUAACCAUAGUGGACAGUACAGAUGUAGAAAAUUUCCAUCACUGCAAAAAUUCUAUUGGACAGCACUGGUGUAGAUCAUUGCUACUCAAAAUGUGAUCCAUGGGCCAGCAGCAUCAAUAUUACCUGGGAGCUUACAGAAAUGCAGAAUUUCAGGUCCACUUCAGAUCUACAGAAUCAAAAUCUUCCUUUAGCAAAAUUUCUCAAAUGAUUAGCACUGGCCUACAUCCAUUUUAUCCUUCCUUAGCUAUUAGGGAUGUGAGGUCCGAGGGCUUCAAAAGGUCCCCGGAAUAGCUUGUUCCUUCAUCCACUGUUUCCUAUUCAUUCUUCAGCUAAUUCCAGCAAUGAGCUGAAACUCAUUCAUCACCUUUGCUGAGUUUUCUUCUCAAUCCUUAUUCCUAAUUCUGGUUCUAGAUGAGCCCUACCUACCCAGUGGUUGUAUUUUGGUAGCCAAUGUGGGACACAGGAGAUUGGCGGACCAACACAGCUGGCCUCUCUCUAGCCCUCCCUCCACCUCUAAGUCACUAACAAUCCACAUUUGCUCAGUUUGUUGACAUGUGGCAUGUUCAUUUGUUUACAACUUAAUCAUGGGGAACGUUUCAUAAAAAUAUGUACUGAGAUAAGUUAAAACCAUGUUUAGUCUCCUACAACUUGUAUAUUUUCAUUUUCUCUUAUCAGUAGAUUGUCCUUGUUGACAUAGCUCAUGCAUGAGGACACAUAGCAGUACACACACAUUGAAUGAAUUAGUCAUGCAAAAAAGAAAGAAAAGGAAUGAACCAAGAUGAUUACAAGUUAAUCUCAUUUAAGCCCUCUAAAAAGGCUUGGUUUGCUAGAUUUAGAUCUGUUUUCCUUACGCUCACUUAUCUUGAUGUUCACAUGGUUAAUAAUUCCUUAAAAUAGUGCCUGAAAAAUAAUAUUUCAUAUUCUUGACCCCCAAAUAACAGUUUACUUAAUUCUAUAAUAAGAUUUUUCCCAAUAAGACUUAUUGUCAGGAAUCCUUCUCUUAAUAACUUUUACCUAUUGAUAUAAUGUACCAAAACACAAUUGCCUAGAGAUGCUUUAGUUAAUUUUUAUUAAUAAAGAGGACAAUAUUUUUGUCUUCAUGGAACUUAUUUUUAAAAGGAAUCAAGGAAGAAAAUAUUCAUGCAGAGCUAUGACUUAGAAAGUUAUAGGGGCUGCCACUAUACAGCACUUCUAAAGUAAAAUAUCUUUUAUAUCCAACUGGACUGUCAACAUAAUGGACUUUCAUGCUCUAUGGAUAUGAAUUCUUUAAGGAUAUAGCCCUUAAUUAAACUGUAAAAACAAUGCAUCUCUCGACCUUGACAUUUAGGAUCUCUCCUGUCUGCCCCCUCUACGCCCCACUCCAAUUAACUCAUCCUACGUCUCUCAGAUGUAAGUUGGGUAAGAGUGGGUUUGAAGUUUGAUAAUACAAGUGGCAGUUUUAAAACACCAAAUUCUUUAGAUCAGCCGAAAUGAGGAGUGAGAGUGAAAACUCCUCCACUAGUAAUUGUUAGCCAAUAGAAUAGCCUCCCAGAGCAGUCCCCACAGCACUUGGUUGCCAUGGGUUUCUCUCCUCUCACUGCCUGCCCCAGUGCCAUGACGUCUGGGGCUUUUCUCUUCUAUGGCAUCCCCUGAUUGACUUUUGUGUAGCAAUCUCUGUGUCCAAAGUCAGUAAUAUGAUGCCUUUGUAAUAGGAGGCCUUCCUAAAGAAGUAACUGCAACUUUUAAAACGUGAUGAUUAUUGGUUUUUAUAAUACACAAAGCAUUAAUUUUUUCUUAUCUUAUUUUCUCUUUAUUAUUUCUUUCCAAGUUUUGUUUGGAGACAUUUAUGUUAGAAGAAAAACUAUAAAGUUUUAUCAUUGUGGAGAACAGAGAGAUCAAAGACAGCUGGACUGCACCUGUUUGUAUAAUUAUUUCUGAUAUUUUUAGGAAAAGAAGUUUAACAGAGUAACUCAGACUGAGACUGUUAAACUCUGUUCAUGAUAAACUUCAUAUUACAUAAUAUAGGCAAACAGAUUAAUUCCCUCCAUGUAACUAAGAUAUUCUAUUUACAUUAUUUAUAUACUCUCUUAGUUUUUUAUACACUUCCAAGUUUUAGUUGGAAAAAUGAAAACCAAGCUACUACUUAAAAGUUAUUAAAAACUUCACAUAAAAUAUUUCAUUUUAGCUACAAGUUACUCAUUACAUAGGAUUUUAUAAAUAGUCUGGGUAUUCCAUAGGAACUGCAUUUCAAAAGUGAAUUAACCAAACCUAAAAAAAGGGUUACUUUUAAAAUGCAUUAAAAUAAAGAAGUUUCAUACUCAGUUGAUAAUGCCAUUAAGGUAGGGUAAUGCAGUUAUAUAUACAAACUAAAAAGGAAAAAGAAUAUGUUUUGUUGUCCUUAAUGUUUGAUUGCACUAUUGUUUCCCACAGCUUAGCCAUAUCUAUUUCUGUAUACCAAGUAUUAAGCUGAUAUGUAGCUAAAUAUUUCUUACAGUUCUGGUAACUGGUAACUAGUGCUGUGAAAGGUUUUGGUAUUGUGACAUUCCCAGUUUUGUGAGUUAUAUAUUGUAUAUUGAAGAAGACUAGUAAAUUCAAGUAAUAUAUUUAUCUAGAGCUGGGAAAAUAUAAUUAUUUUCAAAUCUUCGAGUAAGUUGUAUCGAAUGUUUUUCUUCCUCUUAAGUGAGAUAAAUCUCACUUUUAUGUUAAAAUAUCUAUUUAUACAACAGGUUUCUCCUUUUGCUGUUAUUAAUUUUCAUAUUAAAAUUUUUCUUAUCUUUUUAUAUCAAAAUAAUUAUGCUGGCUAUUCAAACUGCCAAGAUGUAUUUUAGUUUGCAGGAUUUUUGGGAGACAAAAUAUUUAAUAACAAAUAUAAAAGCUUUGUAUAUUUUGUGGCAUUAGGAGCAAGAAUUUUACCUUUGAAUUUCUCUAUGUGAGGCAGUGCUGGUAUCAGCAAAGUCAGUAACAGACAGUAUUACUUGUAAUCAUCAAAAGAAGGUUUCCACAAGUUGUAUAAAUCAGUGCAUUUAUUUAUUAUGUUGGGAAAUUUAAGCUUUAUAUGAAAUACAUAUUCUAGCUCUUUUCCUUUUUACUGCUGUUGCUUAGAGUGUGUAGUUCUGUUGAUGAUUUACUUAUGUACUUGAAGUACUCAUUUCUGUCAAACAGAUGCCCAACUAUUUUCCUUUUAAAAAACUGUAUUCUUUACUGUAAUAGCAGAAUAGUAAUAGACACUCUGUUAAAAAAAUAAGUUUCAUGUUUAAAAUAAAUAUUUUUUAAAAAUAUAAAGCCAAAAUGAAAUCACCAAUAUUAAGGAUUUAAUGUAGCCAAGGGAUUCGGUGUGUUAUAUUUUGCCAAUAUGUAUUUUAUCUUCAUGUCACAACUUAUUUUCUGUAGCCAAUUCUCUGUUUUAGUUGAAGAGAGAUCUCAGUGAUUGUACUGCCAAUAUGACAUUCAAAUGAACGUUAGGAAUCUUGAACCAUGGCUGAGCACUGUGGCUCAGGCCUGUAAUCCCAGCACUUUGGAAAGCCGAGGGAGGUAGAUCACCUGAGGUCAGGAGUUCGAGACCAGCAUGGCCAACAUAAUACAAAAAUUAGCCAGGCGUGGUGGUGGGUGCCUGUAAUCCCAGCUACUCAGGAGGCUGAGGCAGGAGAAUUGCUUUAACCCAGGAGGUGGAGGUUGCAGUGAGCCAAGAUCUCGCCACUGCACUCCAGCAUGGGCGACAGAGCGAGACUCUGUCUCGGGGGAAAAAAAGAAGAAUUUUGAACCCCUUCACAUAUCUAGCAGUUCUUGGUUCCAGGGUGGAUAUUUUUAACAUAUGUUUGCAUUUGGUUCUGGGAUAGUAACUAUUAUGGAUAAUUGUUUGUUUCUGUCAAGUCAGUGAGAUUUUAAUUGUUUGAAUUAUUUCUAUUUAAAAUUACUCUCAAUUUAACUGUUUAAAAAACUAAAAAUUUAAAACAUAAUGGCACAAUAUACCACACAGAAUAAAACACAUGUUUUCAAGGAAGAAGAAAAAACUGUUUUGACUUAAUGUGAAGCAGGGGUUUACCAAAGAAAAUUGCUUUAAUAAGCCCUAACUUUAACUGUUUUCUUCUAUGUUACAGUGUUAGCAGUUGAUGUAUUGUGUAUUAUUUAAGAACUCAUAGGAGACCAAUAAUUAAUUUACUACAAUUUUAAAGGCAAAGAGUUUUAUAUUAAUUUUACUGUUGCACAAGUGGUUAUUGGAGGUGGGGAAAAAAAGAAAACCGGUGAGAGAAAUUACAUGGAAAUUAUAGGAAGAAGGAACUUGAGUUGGUUAUUUGGCAAAGAUUUGGGAACAAAUAGUUUGAACAUAGAUUUCUUUCACCUUAUAUGGUAGAAACACAAAGUACACGUGAGCUAUAUAGUGUGCUGAGCACACCCCCACAAAACAAAAAAUAUCACUUUGAUAAAGUCCGAGACUGUAUCUAGAUCUUAGCUUAACUAGUGAAUUCAGGGAGCACAUCCUACUGUUGAAAUUUAGAAGUCAGUAAGAAGGUAGUUCAGAUGACCUAAUCAUUCAAGAUAUUUGAUGGAGUCCACACAAGGGUUUAUGAUAUGGGGCAAAUAUCUGUGCUUUCUCAUCUCAGUGAUUGAUGUCUGGAGAACUAGUCAGACACACUUAGCUGGUUCCUAUAGAAAAACACCAGUAAAUGUGGAUCAGACCAUACCCUGCAGACCAAGGAGAUUUUCUUAAACUUGCUAAGCCUUUCUUAAACUUGCUAAGUAUUAGCAAUGAUAAUUGCUAAAUGGAUUUUUUCCUUUCACUGAAACAACAAAACAAUUAUUGAAAUUCACAAUACCUAGAGAUGGGAAUAUGGUUUAGAUUUAUCAAGUUCUGUAACUGACUUUGGCAUUGGCUCAUUGUGUCCUUUCUACAAGUUAUGUUUUGGUGACUUGGUGUCCCCAGUUAGAAAUGGCACACAGUAUUAUCAGUUGUUAGUACUUGGUAACGUUUCUUUUACUAAAGGAAUUAUAUAAGUAUGAAUCAUACCUAAUUUUACAAUUUCUUUCCCACGGUCGUUUUAGAUAUAAAGAUAGACUUCCCAGACAGUGAGGUUAGAAAUUAGAAGUUCAAAUUGAUAUCCCUGAUGUUCAAUUUAAAAAUGAAAGUAAAGUUAAAAUUAGUAGCAUUUGUACCAGAGUAGAUUAUGGGUAUUUUCAUCUGUUAUAUUACAGUUCAUAUUAUUCAUUUUAGGAUAGGCCAAAACUCGCUUCUAAAAUCUUCAAAAAUUUUGAAUAGUUUCAUUUUUUCAAUACUUAAGCCAAACAACAAUUUUAUAGAUGUGAAUAUAUAUUUUUUAAAGUUAAGUCCUUCAUAUCUUUUCUUAGUUUAGCUCCCCAAAGAGGAAAAUGUCUCUUUAAACUAGUAGUUAAAAAGAUGGAGUAUGUAAUGUUCCUUUCUCUGUACUGAGUUCUGAAUGUUUAAUCCAGAGCAUGGAUCACUGACUGCAUUCUCUGACUGUGGAAUGGUAUUCUUUCAUGCAAAGUAGUUUCAAAACUUCCCAUAAAGAAACUAACUAGAGAUUGUCUUUAUUAAUUAAUGGAACUCUGGGUAUGAUUAAGGGAAUUAAAUUAGAAAGUAGAAUAACCUACGGCCAUACCACCCUGAACGCGCCCGAUCUCGUCUGAUCUCGGAAGCUAAGCAGGGUCGGGCCUGGUUAGUACUUGGAUGGGAGAAAGUAGAAUAACCUAGUUAAAAUCAUUAUAUUAGUUAUACAUGAGAGUCAGUGAUUUUUACAUGACAUUUGAAUUCUGUCACUAUCUGAUUCUUGACCUAAAGAUUUCUUUGCUAAAUCUGGUAUUUAUUAUAGUAUAAUAUAAUAAUUUGGAGCUCCUUUUGCACCUCACUGCCCCAAAAAUGUUGGAAUGCCAUAUGAUAGAGGGAAAAGAUUGGAGUUCGUCACCAUGGAAUUUUGACUUGUCUUAAUGACACAAGUUAAUUUUCAUGAUAAUAGAUCUCUAAAUGAUUAAUCCAGAAUGAUUUGGUACAGUGACUGGAAGAAAUUGUUUUUCUGGGAAUUUGCUUCCCAUAAUGACCUGACAUACAGGUGACCUUAGUAUAACUGAAAUUAAUUAUAAUUUUAAUUAGAACAUGCUCUGUUUACAGAUUAUAAUUGUGCAGCAUUUUAAAAAAAUAUACAUAAUUAUGAGGAUGAGAGAAUUGCAAACUUGAACAGUUCUUUUGUUUUCUCUCCUUUUACUUGAAAAGCUUUCAGAAAGCUUUUGAAAGAUGACACAGUUUUCAUAGCAACGGUAUGCAAAUUAGGUUCUUCUCCCAAGAAACUCAUAAACCAAAGUAUGGAAUAACACAAAUGCUUAAUCUUAAUCUUGGCUUUGGAUUUUGUAAGCAAAAGCAUUUUCUGCAUCAAUUUUUUUCAGUAUGCAGUUGCAUAUUUCAUUUUUUGAUUAUGUCAAAAGUUGAAUUCUCAUUUUAUGCUAUGUUUCUCAUUAGUUGCAGUAAAGUGUUGAUUUCAUUGCUGCCUUUCAGGCCUUCGUCAUACAAACCCUCACCAUUUUUCACUCCUGUGCUUUUGCCGUAGGUUUUUUUUUUUUUUUUCAUCAACUGGUUUUUCUACUUUCACUCUUUCCCACCAGAGUGGUCUCUCUAAAACAAAUUUGCUAAAAGUUCUUAAGUAGGCCCUUUUUUCUGUAAAUUACAGAAUAGCAAACUAACUCCUAAGCAAGAUGAGUUAGUGUCUAUGACCUGGCCUCUUUCUUCCUUUUUAGUAUCCUCACCAACCUUUCCUCUGUUGACUUUUGUAAUCCAGGAAUUUGGAAUUACUUAUGACUUAGUGCCUUGGCAUAAUCACAUGCCAUAGAUGAACAUGUUCAAGACUCAGUUCAAAUUUAACUUUCUGUGAAGCCCUACCUGACUUCCCUAGGCAGGUAUUUCCUCCAUGCCUAUGGUAUAUUGAAACUUUUUCUGUUAAAAUAACAUAACAUUUCAAUUACACACACACACACAACCUGUCUCUUCCACUGAAUUUCUCUCUUCCCCUUUGUAUUCUCAGUGUCUAGCUACACAUAAUAGGACUUUGAUAAAUAUUUUUGAAUGAAGGUAAUAUAAAACCCAAACUUCUCUAUAUUUGUGUACUUUCACAAACAAAGGCUUAGAAUUCCACAUGAAAGUCCACAUGAGGUAAGUGUGCAUUCAUGAGCAUGUGUGCACUCUGGGCAAACCAACAGAAGAUAAACAGCAAGGAAGAGCAGUUGUUUUGUGAAAAAUAAUCAUCUGUUAGCUGUAAGUCAGAAAUAUUGGCCAAAUCAGAAUUCUUGUUUCUCAAAAUGAGGCUUCUAACAUUUUCACAUAACCGCCAAACUCUUAUUUGUAAUUCGUAAAUAUGCCCUAAGAUUAUCUUUCUCUUUUAUAGACAUUUAGUGUAUACAGUCCACAUAAAUACAUAUACUGAUUACCUACAGACAAUAAUGAGACUUCAGAAAGAAUCAAAAGCAAUAGUGAUGGUGGAAUUUUUAAAUAAUAUUCAGCUGGGGGGAAAUAGACUGAGUUUGUGUGAUUUCAGGUUAUUUAGAGUUAAUUAUUUUUAUGUAAACGUAAGAAGGCUUAAGACUAUUAUCACCCUCUAUAGAAUAUAAAGACUAAAAAUAAAAACUAUUACCUAUGGGCCUGUUUUUCUUUGGGAUUAGAUAAAGCCUUUCUACCAUAUCGCCAAAUACUCAUAAAGGCUGACACAGAAAGCUUUUCCAAGUUAAUAAUUUCUAAAAUUAAAUAUCAGGGCCAGGUGUGGUGGCUCACACCUGUAAUCCCAGCACUUUGGGAGGCCGAAGCGGGUGGAUUACCUGAGGUCAGGAGUUCGAGACAAAUCAACAUGGUGAAACCUCUCUCUGCUAAAAAUACAAAAACUAGCCAGGCAUGGUGAUGCACACCUGUAAUCCCAGCUACUUGGGAGGCUGAGGCAGGCGAAUCGCUUGAACCCAGGAGGCGGAGGUUGCAGUGAGCCGAGAUUGCACCACUGCACUCCAGCCUGGAGAAUAGAGUGAGACUCUGUCUCAAAAAAAAAAAAAAUCAAAAUAUUUGUAAUUAACUGAAAUGCCCUGUUCCUUCAUUCACUUGUUAGAUUUUCUACCUGCUCUAUACUUGGCACUCAAUUAGAUUCUGGGGAUACAAAUAAAAUAAGACAAAGCUCCCAUCUGGUAGAGUCCAAGUUUGUUUUCACAGUUAUUUUUCCACAGUCUGUUUAAGGUAUUAGGAGGACUUUUAUAAACCAAGUGUUUUUCAGGUUACUUCAGAGAGGAGUCUCCUUCCACCCAAAAAAACUAACCAAAUUAUUUUAUCAUAAAGAGGUAAUCCCAUUUUUAUGUGCACAAUUUUUAUAUUUUUGUGUCAGCCACCAAUAAUUUUGACUGUUUUGUCAAGUACAUAUUUCAUCAAUCCUAUUUCCACGGCCAUACAUGUGAUCCCAGUGACUGAUUGAUCUGUAGAAUGUGAACUCACAUUUAAAGUUUAUUUUAGGAAGGCAUAUAUGCCUUUUGAUGACACACACACCAAAAUAUGUAAGAGCUGUGCAUGGUAAACCCACAGUAGAAGGGAAAAAUUAAUGCUUUCUGGUAUACUUCAGAGGCUCCAUUUGAAGAUGUGGGUUGAUGUUUCCUUGAUUAUUUUGAAUGAGGAGUAGGCGGUAAUAAUAUUUAACAGAUAGCAUACGUAUCUAAGCAUAUAGUAAAUAUUACUAGUACUUGUGUGCCAUGAGGCACUAAUAUAUAGGUGAAACAAAAAUAUUUUUAAUUAUAAAAAAUUCUCUAGAUAUUUAUGGAUGGUUAGACAAUAGGGUUCCUUCAUGAGAAGGAAAAAACUGUAUCUUUAUUGUCAGUAAGUAUGGAAAAAACCCGACUUGUAUGUAUAUUCACAGUUUGAUAGGCUUAUUUUGAAGUCAUUGUUUCCCAUCAAUAUUAAGUAUCAUCCAUUUCUAUGUUCUCUAGCAAAAGAAAAUUCUUAGUGUGAUACAGCUUUACUCUUUGUACGACUUUGUACAAGGUCCACAAAAGGAGGAGGCUCAAAAGAUUGGACACUUUACCCUGACAUUCAGCACAUUCAUUUUAUCUUUCAAUAAAGAUAACCAGAAAUCAUUUGCCUCUUGUUUAUCACCAUGUAGAAAACACAAGAGUAUAGUUCCUUUUGUCCCUUACAUUGGAAAAGGUAUUUUAAAUUUAGCCUUGCUGUAUUAUUUAUAGUUAGGAAUUUACUACAUUUUGGUAGUCUGUUUUGAAACUAAGCACUUGUGUCUGAAAGAUGCAGAUAAUAUCUAUCUAUUUAUUACACAGUGGGCUCUGUUUGCUGCAGAAAAGAGUGAAACUUUUAACUGCUUAGCACACUUGCCAGUGAAAUAUACCUGACAGAGCAGAGGUUAUAACUUUGGUCUAAUUACUUUUAAUAAUGGUAAGACAACGUGAGUUUUGUUUGUUUACAUGCUGUUUACAAUGGCAUAAUUUUUAAAAUAUAUACAAUUGAGAUAUUUAUUGCCUACUAUUUUAAAGAUGUUUUAUGUGUUUUCACCUUUGGAAUAUAUUGUUACAUUUCCUUGUACAGAUAAUUUGGGUGGCUUUGUUAAUGUAGCUAGUAAUUUUUAUGACUACUAAGUGACCAGUUUUCGGUGCCUUUUAUUGUGGGAUGCAUGAUUAUGUAUUUAUUGUACGGAAGUCACUGAUGUGUGUAUUUUUGUACUUUGCUGAAAGUAAUGGUUGAUCCUGAUGUACAUGAUGGUGAAAGACAUCUUUCCCAAAGGGCACUGGCUUGAGAUCAUCCUUCUCAAAUAAAAAGAAUGCAUUUGAAGAAA